AUGUCCCCCCCUCCACCACCCUCAGCCGAUCAAAUAAAAGCCGACCCGGUCCUCUUCCGGCCCACCAAAAAGCGCAAGAUCUACCGCCAGCGCACGACCGAAGACGAAAUCGCAACCGAAAACGUUGAUACAACCCCUUCUGCUCUCUCACAACCAGCGCCUACGCCCACACCAGCGCAAAGCCUCGACGAGCUGAUCUCGGCCGCGAGUGCGACGGCGUCUGGCAGGGGCAGAGACGAAGUAGAAGAAGACGGCGCAUCAGCUUUGUCCGUGGCGGAGAUCCUGCGGCUGCGCAAGAAGAAUAAGGCGCGCGGGGGCGGCGUAGAGUUCAGGGCUUUGGGACAUGUGGCUCGCGAUGAGGAAGGGGAGCUGAUGGUCCGGGGCGGUGAUGAGGAGAAGGUGGAUGGGGAAGGGGUGGGAAAAGGUGUGAUUAGAGUGUUCGCGCCCCAGACAGGGACGGUGGGGGAUGUGAAUCGGCACAUGAUGGCGUACAUAGAUUCCGAGUUGGCGAAACGUCGUGCGGCUGAGGGCGCGCUUGCACAGCCUUUGGAGUCUGCAUUGAGUACGAGGAGUGGUGCGCCGAUGGGUGAUGUGGGUGAUGGUGGUGGUAUGCGGGAGAAGGGAAAGCUGCCUGAGACGCAGAGACAGCCGGCUUCGAUUGGGAAGUUGCAGGAGAUCGACCUGGGCGAUGAGGCGAGGGAUCGGAAUAUCAAGCGGACGACUAAUGCCCAGCGGAGACUGAACGGAGAGAUUGUGGAGGAGGAGGAGGCGAACGAGGGAGGGAAAAAGAAGAAGAAGAAGGUCAGAUUGAACAGGGAUGGAAGUGUCUGGGUGCCCCGAAAAAGACGGGGUAGCGAUGAUAUCAAGAGAGACCAGCUCGUGGAGGCCGUGUUGCGAGAGAACAAACUGGAAAUCUACGAAGAGCCAGCACCGGAGCCGGAAGAUCUCAAUGAUGACCAGGCAGCGGAUGAUCGCAUCGCAGAAGCGUUCAGGAAGGACUUCCUGGAUGCUGUUUCGCAGAAGCAUAGGAGGAGGCCAGCGGCGGCGCAGGCCGCAUCUCGAGGCCCCGGUGGGAAGAAGGAAGAGGAAUCAAGGGGGCCGAAGCUGGGUGGAAGUCGGAGUGCAAGAGCAGCGAUGAGGGAGGCGAUGCUCGCCAAGGCGAAGAAGUAG